CAGACACACACAAUUGAUGGUAAGCAUCAACCAUUUUCUUCGCACUCAACCCCCCUGUCUUGUGAUGUUUUCCAAUAGCAUGUAUUAUCCGACUGUCGCUUCGGUGACGGCCUGCGGAACACCUUUUUUGGCUGAUCAGAAAAUUUGCUCACCCUUGUUGCACACUGUUCCUAGGACACAAAAGCUAACAAGGUCCAGUCAUUGUUGCUGUCAUGGUAGCCUCAAACCCUCCAGCGGGGCACUUUACCAUCUUGUACUUUGCGGCCGCCUCGACCUAUACAGGCAAGACCACGGAGCAUCUGCCCGCACCCCUCCGGGUGCGCAACCUGUUUGCACAGCUCGAUGCCGCAUAUCCUGGCUUCGGACUGAAGGUGUUGAGCAGCUGUGCUGUGACUGUUAAUCUCGAGUAUGUUGAUCUAGACGAUAGUGAUGCUCUCGAUGUGGAUGCCGAGAUAAAAGCAGGCGACGAGGUUGCUAUCAUACCGCCUGUAAGCUCAGGCUAGGGCCAGCAGUGCUGCAACGGAGUGGGUGCAAUGUGGACCGAGGAUCGCAUGCCUGCUGUCUGGUUGAAUGGGUCACGUGAGGAGGCCGGCCGCGGCUGCUGUUGACCUCACCGCACGAGGACUACGAUUAGCGAGUAGCGACCGAGGACGGACGGUGGCUGGACAGUAGAGAAUGUUAGCUCGCGUGUUAAUUGUGAUUGUGCCUCAACGUUCUCGCGUCACGCGUCACGCAUCACGUAGCACGCUCUCACGUUGCAAAGUAAAUGGCGGACUAUGAAUGAGCCGGACAUCCUACUACGCGACAGUAACGUGGGGAGAAUGCACAAAAACUCUACAGAAUAUUUUUUUGUCUACAAUAUAAGUAGUUCUUAUACAAAGUUUAGCUUUUAGUAUUGUGAUAGCUACAAGUUCUAUAUGAAAGUUAGUGAGCUCUGCUUAUCCACCGUUUUUUCUGAAACUUG